AUGUUUUGGACAGCAUAUUACCUACCACCGGAUUCAAUCAAAAUCCCGCUGACCCCGACGCGUCGGAGCACGUAUUGCGAGUGGAAAGGUGUCGCAACAUACUACUCCACUACGGCCCCAGGGUCGUCAUCUACCGGGGAGUCAGUUGAUGUGUCAAACCGCAUCUGGUCCUACGAGUCUCCCACGGCGGACUUUGAAGCGAUCGCGGGUUAUUUUUCGUUCUAUGCUGGUCCGUGGAACUGCUUUGUUGAUGGCGAGGCUGUCCAGCCGCAGCCCGGCGAUUUCUAUGGCGGCUGGGUGACGUCGGAGGUCGAAGGCAUUGUCAAAGGGGCUCAGGGUAACUGGGAUCCUGUUGUGUGA